AUGAUCCGAGCGCUGCAGAUGCACCCGGGGCUCUCUGGCAUCGCGUGUCAGUGUACAGAGGCCAAAAAGCAUUGCUGGUACUUUGAAGGACUGUAUCCUACAUAUUAUAUAUGUCGCUCUUAUGAGGAUUGCUGUGGUUCAAGAUGCUGUGUAAGAGCUCUGUCUAUCCAGCGACUAUGGUAUUUUUGGUAUGUGGCAACAUUUCGGAAUUUUAUGUUCAUGCUGUCCAGUUCAUUCUUCAUCCGAAGGCGGAUGUACCCUCCUCCGCUAGUGGAAGAACCUACUUUUAACGUGUCUUACACCAGGCAACCAGUCAACACUGCGUCAGGGUCACAACAACCUGGGAUGCCGUAUUACACAGAUCCGGGCGGACCUGCGAUGAAUCCCAUGGCGAUGGCUUUCCACGUCCAGCCCAAUUCCCCACAGGGGAACCCAGUUUAUCCGCCCCCACCUUCCUACUGCAACACGCCGCCUCCCCCCUACGAGCAGGUGGUGAAAUCCUCCACGUGAGGACUCUGUGGCGCUCGGACCUGACUCUGUGAGAAGAAGGUGCCAUUACAAAGUGACAGAGAUGGAGGGCAUCUGCCCUUUUGAACACUUGCUGGUUCUCUCAGUCCUCUCUCCCUCCCUUCCCUGCACCUUUCCUCAUUAAAGUUACUUGCAAAGGGGUGAUUUUUAAAUUUUUUGGUUUUGUUUUUGCAGUAGAGGUGGAUUUUUUUUUCUUUUGUCUUCAUAAUGAGAAAAGUCGUCUUUGUAAUGCUUUUAAUGGAAACCUAUAUUUAAAACCUGUAUGUCUUUCUCUUUAUUUAUUGUUCUGACUGUGUGUAUUAUUGCAUUGUGGCAGGCGACCA